AAAUACUUCAAAGCAAACAUCAAAACUAUAAAGUCGAAUCAUGGCUAAAGGUGUUGAGUUUCGGAUUCUAUUCCCACUUGUUUUGGUUUUGGUUAUGUUACUUUGUGUUGAUGGUAAGAGACUCAAUAACAAUGGCCAUGAGAUGAGAAGAGGAAGAUGGGAAGGUAAGCUGAAGAUGAACUUCUAUCACAAGACCUGUCCUCAAGCCGAGGAAAUCGUGAAAGAGAUUGUGUCCAAGAAAGUCGCAGCAAACCCUAGCUUGGCUCCCAAGUUACUGAGGGUUCAUUACCAUGACUGCUUUGUUAGGGGGUGCGACGCAUCACUCCUUUUAGAUCGACUCGCUGAAAAUGCGGCGUCCGAGAAGGAAGCGAGACCUAAUCUGUCGCUAACCGGGUUUGAAAUCAUCGAUGAGAUCAAAUCUAUUCUCGAAAAGCAAUGCCCUGAAACCGUCUCUUGCGCUGACAUUCUCACCUUAGCCGCCCGAGAUGCCGUCUCAUAUGAAUUUCAACGGCCGCUAUGGAAUGUCUUUACUGGACGUGUUGAUGGAAGAGUUUCAUUAGCAACGGAGGCAGCCAGAGAUUUACCUUCUGGUGGGUCAAACUUCACCACUCUACAGAAACUCUUUGCCGAGAGCGAUUUGGACGUCGUUGACCUCGUCGCUUUAUCAGGAGCGCACACGAUAGGAACAGCGCGUUGCGGUGUAUUUGGUCGGAGGCUCUUGAACUUCACCGGAAAAGGGGAUACAGAUCCAUCCCUGGACCCUAACUACGCAUCCUUCCUCAAAUCCAAAUGCUCCGACAAAUCUCUAAGACUCAACUCUUCCGCAAUGGUUGGAAUGGACCCUACCGGAUCUCUCUCUUUUGACAGUGGCUACUUCGUCUCUCUUCUACGACACAAAGGACUCUUCACCUCCGACGCCGCCUUGUUGACUGAUCCCUCCGCUGCUCACAUUGCUAGUAUUUUCCAAAACUCCGGCACUUUUCUUGCUCAGUUUGGUCGGUCCAUGAUCAAGAUGAGUUCCAUCAAAGUCCUUACACGUGGAGAUCAAGGUGGUGAGAUUCGUAAGAAUUGUCGCCUCGUCAACGAAUAAAUUUUACUUUCUAUCUUAAUCCUUAAUUACCGUAAUUUAAUUAUCAUGUACUCAUCAACUGAGAUUUCUUUUUUUUUUCUUAAUUCUAUUACGAUAUUGUAAUUUUGUUGA